UCCGGGGGGAGCGGGGAUACAGUGAAUGCGGGCUCCGGGGGGAGCGGAUACAGUAAUGCGGGCUCCGGGGGGGUGAAUGCGGGCUCCGGGGGGAGCGAUACAGUGAAUGCGGGCUCCGGGGGAGCGGAUACAGUGAAUGCGGGCUCGGGGGAGAGCGGAUAUAGUGAACGCGGGCUCCGGGGAGAGCGGAUAUAGUGAACGCGGGGUCCGGGGAGAGCGGACAUAGUGAACGCGGGGGCCGGGGAGAGCGGAUAUAGUGAACGCGGGGUCCGGGGAGAGCGGAUAUAGUGAACGCGGGGGCCGGGUGAGAGCGGAUAUAGUGAACGCGGGGGCGGGGGGAGAGCGGAUAUAGUGAACGCGGGGGCCGGGGAGAGCGGACAUAGUGAAUGCGGGGUCCGGGGAGAGCGGACAUAGUGAAUGCGGGGGCCGGGGGGA